AUGCAGGAAGAAGUCAAUAAGAUAGAAGAAGAUGAAGAGGAAGGCCUAGAUUGGUUAAGAAGUAAAAUACAGCUUGAAACAGAGGAAUUGGUUAAGGAACAAGAUAAAGAACUGGGUAUUCUCUUGGCACGACUACAGCUUGGACAAAAUCGACGCCAAUCGAUUAUACAGCGACAAAGCGAUGCCAUUGCUCGCCUCAAGGAUAAAAUGGUUGAUGCUAUAGCCGAAGAUGGUAAAUCUCCACUAGAGGCAAAGAGUAGCCGAAUUAUCGACACUAUGAAAGAGCAGCAACAUAUACUGCUUUCACAAGCUAAGGAGGCGAAAGAGAGAAACAUGUCAGAUGUUCGUGAAAGAGUAGAGAGAAUAAAGCAACAACGAGAAAAGCAAUUGCAAAGCAAACUACGGAAAGAAAUUAAAGGAGUUGGUGUCAUUGGCAAGAACUCACCAUCUGCUGUAGUAAAUCAUAUGUUACUGGAGCAAAGGCAUAAAUACGAACGUCAAGAUUUGCAAAGGGAAAUGCAGCUUGAAUUAAAUCGUCAAGUUAGUAAGUUAACGAAGCAGUUGGAUUAUGAGCUGAAGAAAGAGAUGCUGAAUAAUGACAGAAGCUUUAUUAUCGAUCUUGCCAAAACGGGACGUUUCAACAAUGAUGAAAUUGAUGAUCUAAUUGAAUCAGCUGUACCAGAUAGAAAAAGCAAGGAAAUAAUUAAAAGAGAAAUCAGCAAUACGAUUAAAAAGAAGAAGAGUACCAGACGUCGCUAA